AUGGGCAAUACCGAUGAGGAUUUGCCCCCAGACUAUGGAGCUGAAGACCAGAUGAUGCUGCUCCCUCCGCCCUACCACGGUCGAAACGAUGACCCUACCGCUCGAAAUGACGGGGUUGUAAGAUUGAACAACAUUCUUCCGGUGUCUGGAAAAGCGUCUGGCACGAUAUCAAAGUACUGGAAGUGGAUUGCUGAAGAAGUGGCUUCGUCGACGGAGCGUCACGGAAAGAAUUCUGACAUGUGUUUUGGGGCUUGCUGUCGCGGCUGA